CCUGCUGAAUGUAUGCACGCAAGCAGAGGUAAGGCUGCACGUCCCCUUCAUCUUCUCAUUAGUGCUGACACCUCUAUGAAAUCAGCAUCUCCCAGGAAAUCAGGUUUUUCUUCUUAUGAUGGAAAGUCACUAAGAUUCAUCCUCUGAUGCUGCAUUUACCUCCAGCAUGUCUUCUCCAGACGCGUGCUCUAGGACUGAUACACCAACUAUUCUGAACAUUCUCCAGCACUUUCUGUAUGAUUUGGGAGGAGAAGAUUUCAACAGAUUCCGGAGUAAGCUGUCAGAUUUUAGAUAUAACAAUAAAGAUCCCUUAGGACGAGGACACCUGGAAGGUGGAGACCCUAUUGAUAUCUCAUGGCGUCUUGUGGAUUAUUAUGGAGAGAGGAACGCUCUGGAUGUGACGUGUCAAGUCUUACAGUCAAUUGGUCUGAUGGGACUUGUAGAAAAACUCCAAGAGACACUAAAAUCAUGCUCAUUCGGCCUGAAACUGUCGGAAGACGUUAACGAGUGCAGAAGAAAUUACCUGGAUUUUGUAAAGAAUCAAUACCAAAGCAUUCAAUAUAAAAAUGGCCGGAUGGGAGAGAACGUUAACAUGGAGACGAUCUACACCAACCUACUACUAAUAAAAAUGCAGCGUGACGAAGAAGAGAGAAAACAGGAAAUAAGAGGUUUAGGCAGAAGACACCUUGAGAUGAUGGAGCGGAGAUGUUCGGAUAAAUAUUUCCCAACCACUGCUGACAAGCUGUUUGAUCCUGACGAAGAUGGGUUUUCUCCGAAAACUGUGGUGUUACAGGGACCUGCGGGGAUCGGAAAAACUAUGACAGCCCAGAAGAUCAUGCUGGACUGGGCAUCGGGAAAACUGUAUGAAGACCGAUUUAAUUAUGUGUUUUACCUGAGUUGCAGGGAGAUAAACCGAAUGAUUGGAGAAACGAGCAUUGCUGAUUUUAUAUCCAAAAUGUGUCGGCUAAAAUGCUCACAGAGUGCAAUGGAGUCAAUUUUACAAGAUCCUGAGAAAAUCCUUUUCCUUAUUGAUGGGUUAGAUGAAUUGGAUCAGUCAUUUAUGGGUCUCAGUGAGGACUGUAGCCAUCCUUAUCAGGUGGUCCCCAAAGAAGUAAUCUUAAGCAGCUUGAUAAGAAAACAGGUUCUCGAGACGUCUUCACUGAUCAUUACAACAAGACCUUUCUCACUGGAGAAGUUAAACAAGUAUUUUGAGCGUCCUCGUUAUGUGGAAAUUCUGGGAUUUACGGGGCAAAAACGUGAAAACUAUUUCUUCAGCUUCUUUGAGAAUAAAGGCGAAGCUGAAGCAGCUCUCAAUGCGAUAAAAGAGAAUGCGGCACUCUAUACUAUGUGUGCUGUCCCUGUUACAUGCUGGAUUGUAUGCACUGUACUCAAACAGGAGAUAAAAAAGACUUUUAAUGUGACUCGUUAUAAAACACCCACUUCUGUUUACACGCUUUACUUGAAAGGUUUGUUAAAAUAUCACAGCAGAACGUCCGAUGUGCCCAUAAAGUCCUACAUGAAGAAGCUGAGUGAUUUGGCCAAGAAUGGAGUCUGGAACCAGAAGAUCAUAUUUGAGAAAGGAGAUUUGGAAGAGUAUGGAUGUGAUUUGUCAGAAAAAGAAUCUCUCUUCCUGAACGAGAACGUGUUUCAGAGGGACAUUGAAACUAAGACAUGUUACAGCUUCAUCCACCUGAGUGUACAGCAGUUCUUCGCAGCUCUCUAUUAUGUCCUGCUUGAGGAAUCUGAUCCGAACCGUCAUAAGGAGGAGGUCAGGAGACUGCUGGAGGAGUCUGAGAAACAAUCACACUUAAAAUUAACUGUACAAUUCUUGUUUGGCCUCUGUUGGGAAAACCAAAUAAAUGAAAUUGUAAAAAGCGUUGGGUGUAAAAUGUCAUCGAGACUGAAACCUAUUCUGGAAGAAUGGAUGAAGAAAAGGAUAUCCACAGCUUCAGAUAGUAAAGAAAUCCUGUGCUAUUUGUACGAGACUCAGGAUACGACGUUUGUGAAGAGAAUGAUGCCUCAUUUGAUGCACUUGAAGAUCCGUUCCUUAUUUGCUUAUGAUGAAGAAUUUGUAGAAACCCUCAUUGUCCAAGCCAUGGCCUACUGUUUGGUGAAUAGUGAGACAGUUCACACAGUGGAGUUCAUUCAUUAUAAAAUGACUGAUGAGGCAAUGAAGACACUCUCCAAAAGCUUUUGCGAGUGUUCAGAGAUCACGUUGUGGGGCUGUCAUCUGACCUCAUCCUGCUGCGAGGAUCUGCGAGAUGUUAUUAUCAUAAACCAAUCUCUGACCAAACUGGUUCUGUCAGAGAAUAACAUUCAGGACUCAGGAGUAAAACUUCUGUGUGAAGGCCUCAGUCACCCAGACUGUACCCUGCGGGAGCUGGGGUUGUGGGGCUGUCAUCUGACCUCAUCCUGCUGUGAGGAUCUGCGAGAUGUUAUUAUCACAAACCGAUCUCUGACCAAACUGGUUCUGUCAGAGAAUAACAUUCAGGACUCAGGAGUAAAACUUCUGUGUGAAGGCCUCCGUCACCCAGACUGUACCCUGCGGGAGCUGGGAUUGUGGGGCUGUGAUCUGACCUCAUCCUGCUGCGAGGAUCUGCGAGAUGUUAUCACAAACAGGUCUCUGACCAACCUGGAUCUGUCAUAUAAUAAGCUUCAGGACUCAGGAGUAAAACUUCUGUGUGAGGGUCUCCGGCACCCAGACUGCACCCUGCGGUACCUGCGAUUCUUGCACUGUAGUCUAACCUCAUCCUGCUGUGAGGAUCUGCGAGAUGUUAUUAUUAUAUACUGGACCCUGAGAAUAACCUUCAGGACUCUGGGAUCAUUUCUUUACGGGCUGAAUCUCAUAUAUCUUCCUGGUACAAAACCUAUUUGUUCUGGAUGUAUUAAAGAGUCAAUAAAUUGUUUUAAUCUAGUGUCUAGUAUUAAAAAGACAUUUUUAUAAUUUGCUACAUUUGUGGGUGACUUUCCAGUUUUAAUAAUAUUCGUAUGGGAAGAAUAUUAGUUUGUGUCAUUUCUUGUGGGAAUUUCCCUUCUUGAACUAUAGCGUUGAAAGUAGUAGUUAAAUGGGUUGCUAUAUGAGGACUAAACAUUUCA